GGGUUUCAUUAUAAGUCUUUUUUUUGUUCGUUGAAUUGAAGUAAAAUUUAUAAUAUAAACAAAAACAGAAACCCUAAAUGGGAAGCACGGCAGUAGAGAAUCAGAAAACUGCCGAAGAGCUCCAGCGAGAGAUCGACGAGCUCCAUCGCCAGCAGCGAGAGAUUACGGAAAGGCUUCGGGACCCGCGAGGACUCCGUAGAGGAGCCUUGUCUGGUGCUGGCCCUCGAAAUUUCGCCGCCAAUGGAUCACGCCAGCGUGGCUUUUCUCGACCUUUUCAGGCUGAUAGGACUGACGUUGAAGAUCAACCUCCAGCUAAAAGAAGACUCUUGUCAGCCGUUGUUAAGUUGGAUGAUGGAGAGAUCACUGAGCAUGCUGAGGCAAUGAAGGAGGCAGGUCAAGAAGGAACUGUGGCAGCUAAUCAGAGUGAUAGGAAGCCUACUGAUUUGCAGCAUGGGGGCUGGUCCAGAAGGGAUGGACAUCAGAAAGUUGCAAAGAUGGAUGAUUCAAUGCCAGUAAUGGAGCAUGUUCCUCGAGUUUUGCCAAAAGAUGAGGAUCCAAGUUUGGUUAAUAGAAAUAAGAGAAUGCUGGGACAACUUUUGGGGACUUUGGAGAAAUUCAGGAAAGAAGAUAUGCAGCUUUCGGGAUCGGAGGCAUACAGGCAGAGGUCAAAUGCUUUGCAAAGAGCUGAGCAAAGAGCACGUGAAGAAAGUGAGAGGCUGAGACUUCAAGAGCGUGAGCAAAUUGCAGAAAAGAGGAGGAGAGAUCUGACUCUUAGGGCUCGUGUUGCAGCAAAGGCAGAAGAGAAGAAGUUGGAAUUGCUAUUUCUACAGUGGAGUGAGCACCGUAAAAAGCUUAGCAAUUUCAUAAGGACCAAAUCGGAGCCUCCAAUUUAUUAUUUACCUGCCAAACCGCUGGAUGAAGAUGCAAUCUCACUAGAGCAGCAUAGGGAACAGGAAUUUUCAGAAUGGAAAGCUGCUAGAAGGGAAGAACUAUCGAAAUAUCAGAAGCAAAUCUCUGAACAGUAUGUUGCAAACGUUGAGAAGGAACUGGAGCGGUGGCAAAAUGCAAGAAAAGCUAGGAAAGCAAACAAUGAUAUGUUAAACUUGCAGGAAACAAUGGACAAAGAAUUGGACAGUCAUCGGCUUGAGCAUGGUCCAAAAUCAAGGAAGAUUCCAGGUGGUAGCAAUAAUGACGAAGAUGAAGAGGACGUGGAAGAUAUCAAUGUUGGGGAGGAUGAUAUGAUGGACGAUGUGCUGGAUGUUGAGGAUAACAGGAGAACAGAUGAAUCUUCCAAGGCAGAUGCUGGUAUUAUUACCAGCCCACAUCCUGAAAAUAUAGAAAGUGGUAACUGAAGCCAUUCAUUCCUUCACACCUUUCUUUUAAGUUGCUAUUAAUAAGACUAUUUUGUAAUUAUUUCUUUUAAUAUCUAAUAUUGGAGAACAAAAGAUUUUGAUAA